AUGGACUGCCAUCUGAUCCUGAUGAAGAUUCUGUCCUUCCUGGAUGCUUCUGCUCUCUUCAUCCUGGGCCACGUCAGUAAGCUCUUCUGUCAGCUCACCAAUGAUAACAAGUUGUGGAAAAAGCUAUACAUAGCAGAAUGGCUGAAAUAAAAGCAGAAGCCUCAGUGUAUGGAUGAGCUGCUGCUGAAGAUGGCCACAGUGGAGGUGCAGGAUCAGCCUGCCGGCUACUGGAAGUGGCUUCACUUCAGGACUCUAGCUCCAUGUGACAUGAAGGAGUGGAGGAGACAUCUGGGACUCGUCAGCUGUCACACUGGGCUGCCCAGCCAAACAGAGCGAGUCCUCAGAAACUUGCAUGUCACCUGGGAGCUCACAGUCUCUGAAAAAUCAGGGUGGGAGGGCACACAUGAGCCGAGCUGGUCCCACUUCAGUGAGACUUCUGUGACUCGGUGCUGGAGCGGGGGAGGCUGCCUGCCUGACUACCAGCAGAUUUCCACCCUUCCUCACGGCGUCAGGAGGGUAGCCCUCAACUGCCCGGGCCUAAAGAAACCUGGCUGGAGGUCCCUCAUGGCGAGAACAGACGUGCAGACUCUGACUAAGAGUGUGCAGAUCAUUGGUCAGGGCCAUUUAGUUGAACUGAAACUGCUGCAACCCGGCAUCAUCUUUGGAGUCUGGCAGGACCACUGCUCUGUUACCUUCAUCCUGUUCACCCUCCACUUCCACAGGCUGGUGGAAAAAAUCCAGGGAUCAUCUGUGUGCCUCUACACGGAGCCAACAUUCAAACCCCCUUUUGAUGACAUAGACCCUGAGUAUGGUCUUCAUGGCUACCAGCUUCAUGUUUGUCUGCAUGACAGGAGUUUCUCUCAGCUCUUCUGCUGGAGAGCUCAGGUCUGUGAGGGGUUAAUCCAGCUGAGCGCCAUCAGCAGGGCAGACUUGUGGAAGCACACACCUUUUUCAGGAAACAUCACCCUGCCCUGGAGGUGUGAGGCCCUGCAGGGUGCAGCGGAGAAUUGCUGCAUCAUGACUCUGACCCUGGAUGGAUUUAAUACCUUUUGGUGUGUCAGCUCUCCUGUUUCCCUGAAACCUCAAAAGAGCCAACAGGAACACCACAAGCAGUCCGGGUCGCCAACAACAACUCAAAGAGUGAGCAGCACCAAAUUCCUGGGGGUGCACAUAAGUGAGGACCUCUCCUGGUCAACCAACUCUGCAUCACUGGCCAAAAAAGCACAGCGACACCUCUACUUCCUCCGCAAACUGAAGAGAGUGAGAGCCCCCCCACCCAUCAUGCACACCUUCUACCAAGGCACCAUUGAGAGGAAGACCCUGCAGCGCAUAGUGAACACAGCCAGAGGGAUCAUUGGUGAUCCCACUCCCCUCCCUCCUGGACAUCUAUAA